GCGCACCACCACACCGUGAACCAGGUCGCCUGGUCCGUCGACGAGAAGCGCGUCGCGUCGUGCUCGAACGACAAGACCGUGCGGUUGUGGGCGCCGCAGACGGGCCAGUGCGUGCGGACGCUCGCGGGCCACGAGGACGCGGUCAUGGGCAACGCGUUCUCCGAGGACGGGCUGCGGCUCGUGAGCUGCGGCAUGGACAACUUUCUCAUUUUGUGGAACACGGUCAACGGCGAGAUGCUGCGGCGCUUCUUCGGCCACGACGACGUCGUCUACCGCUGCGUGCUGUUCCGCAACUCGAGCGCCAUGCUCUCCUGCUCCAGCGACCGCACGUUGAAAUCGUGG